CUUCCGGGUAGCUCCUGUAACACGUGGGUGGAUCAGUUCUCUCAUUAUGACGGGCAGCGAUGAGGAAUCUACAACCUUCAAUAAACCAACGGAGAGGAAAAAGAAGAAGCAGAAGAAACAGAAGAAUGAGGAUUCUGAGAAAAGCGAAUCACAGGGUCAUAAUAACAAAAAUACGAUGAUGAAGAAGAAGCAGAAGAAGAAAGCCGAGGCCACAGGGGAUGUUCCUGAAAUAAUGGAUGUAGUCUCUAAGAAGAAAAAGAAGAACAAUAAAAUAAAAUCAAGUGACCCAAACAAAAAUGGUGAUUCCCCAAAAAAGAAAAUGGGUGACCCCGUCCCUACAUCUGCUGAAAGAACCCACAAAAAGAAAAAGAAGAAAAAUGUAUUGGCUCAAGAGAGUUCAACAUGUGACCCGCAGAUGAAUGAGGAUGUCCCCAAAAAGAAGAAAAAGAAAAAUAAUAUAGAAGACGCUGGAUCAUUGGAGCUUGAAAGUAUUGAUCCAGGGCAUAAAAAUGAUGAAAGCGUUGCCGUAGAAGAUAGUAAGGAAAUAGUUACUAAGAAAAAGAAGAAACGCAAGAAGUCUAAGCCAGCUGAAAACAAAUCUGAGGAUGGAGCCCCAGGAACUGAAGAUAUUCUCAUUGAUGUCUCGGACAUCAAGAAAAAAAAGAGAAAGGAGGCCUCUGAGCUAGAAGAAAAGUCAGGAUCUCCUACAGAGGACCAGCCUGAGACAUCUGACCAUGCAAAGGUAAAGAAGAAGAAGAAAAAGAAGGCUACUUCUGUCAAGACAGAAGAAGUCAUUGAAGAUCACGAUGUCCACCAUGGAGAAAAAGGUGGAGGUUCUCAAAGAGUUUCCAAAAAAAAGAAAAAGAGCAAGGGCUCAAAUAUUGAACACAGUGAAUCUGACCUGAAAAGGAACGGAGAUGAGGACAGUGAGGUUCCUCCCGAAGGAGGCUUGAAGAAGAAAAGGGGAAAUGGAGCAGAGAAAACAACCGAGCUGGUGGAUGGUACAGAGAAAUCUUGUUGUGAAAAAGAAAAGUCAGCGAAGAAGAGGAAAAAUAUGCAGAAACAUAAUGAUGAGAGUCAUUGUGCAAAUGAAGACACAACAGAAGUUCCGAAAAAGAAGAAGAAAAAAAAAGAGACCAAAAAUUCCAAAGGCGCGAACAAGAAGCAAGAGGAGAGCACAGACGUCCAGUUGGUGUCAGCGCGAGAUGGAAACGCAGAUGAAGCACACGGUGUUCCGGUAAAACUAAAAGCUUCAGCGGAUACUGACCGAGAGUCUGGAAACACCAAGGGAACAAAGUUUGGGCAGUGGGACACGGCUGCCUUCCAAAACCCAGAACAGCAAAGCAAGUUCUUUCGACUUUUGGGUGGAUUCAAGAAAGGAAACCAAGAGACCUCAAACCAGGUAAAAGCCAAUAUGGCCUUGGAGAAGGAAGGAGAACAAGCUCUUGAGAGGAACCUGCUGGCGGAGUUUGACAAAGCAGUUUCCUGGAAACAGAACCGAGGCAUCGGCUUAGGCUUCCAGCCUGCUCCGAACAAGGUCUUCUUCAUUGACAAAACUAGAUCCAGAUCAGUAAAGUUUGACGACUGAAUUUUGCACUCAGAUUCCAGGCCAAAAGUGGACAUCUUUGAAAUGAUGAAGCUAGAAGUGUAUGACCAUCAUAUUUCAGGUCACUGGAACUGUUGGGAGUCCAGGUCGUGUUGCUCAUGCAAGCAGAUCUGAAGUGUGUGGACCGGAUACCACUGGUGGCCUUAUUCACUGCCAUAAUGUGUAGAUGAUUUUAUGACAUGUAAGUCCAAACUAUGGGGCAUCAUAAAUAAAACUAUCAGCGAUGAUUUUAUUUAGGAUUAUUCUGAAUAUAUCCAUCACAUGCUGUAUUACAGAGCUAAGUUUCUAGGACUUUGGUGCCUGGAAGAGGCAUUGUCCAUGGGUUGUGUCCGGGAUUGCAGCUCAGCUCUAUUGAAGUGACUGGGGAUGAGCUGCAAUAGCCUACAGAACCUGUGGACAGGGGUGGCGCUGUUUUUUUAUUCUAAUCUUGGACAACACCUUCCAGUAUUUAUGACAUUGGCGGGGGUCUGACUCCGGACACCUCACCAGUCAGCUGUUUGAAGUGGCCGCUGCACUGAGAUGGGCCUCCUCAUUGUAAACCAGACACCGCACUGUGCAUUGUACGUGGCUGUGCUUGAUAUGGCAGUUCAGUCUCGUUUACUUCAAGGGGACUGGUCUGUGCAAAGGCCAUGUGACCUAUAGAAGAGGCCUCAGUUCUCACCUGAGUGCUGCCGCCCCCUUCAGAUAUGAUAUUUCACCUAUCCUGAGAACUUAAAGGGCAUCUGUCAGCAGAUUUGUACCUAUGACACUGGCUGACCUGUUACAUGUGCACUUGGCAGCUGAAGACAUCUAUGUUGGUCCCAUG